GUUUUAGGCACCACAGAUUUGGAUAACAAAUCACUAGGCAAUAAUUCCUUUAGUUCUUUUCUCUCAGCAGAGACACAGACAGAGAAAGAGAAGAGCAUGAACAAGAGCAUAAGCAUGUGCAUGAGCAGGGCCAUUAGCAUGAGCAUGAGCAUGGAGGAAGAACAGCCCAAAAGCAGAGGGAAGCCAAUUCGAUGUAGAGCCGCAGUAUGUAGGAAAGCAGGGGAGCCUUUACAGAUAGAGGAGGUGGAGGUUGCUCCACCAAAAGCUUCGGAAGUUCGGAUUAAGAUCAUUUGCACAUCACUCUGUCACAGUGAUGUAACUUUUUGGAAGAUGGAAAGUCCACCUGCAACUUUUCCAACAAUAUUUGGACAUGAAGCUGUCGGGGUUGUGGAGAGUGUUGGAGAAAAUGUAAAGGAAGUGAGGGAAGGAGACACUGUGAUUCCAGUGCUCUUAACUGAUUGCCAGGAUUGCGGAGACUGCAACUCAAAAAAGAGUAACAAAUGCUCCAGAUUUCCUUCCCCAUCGUUGCCCAGAGAUGGCACGACCCGAUUCACAGCUUCAAAAGGGAAGGUGGUUAACCAUUUUGCGUAUAUCUCCAGUUUUAGCGAGUACACUGUGGUGGACAUUGCCAAUGUAACCAAGAUAGACCCUUCCAUUCCUCCUAACAGGGCAUGCCUACUUGGUUGUGGGAUUUCAAUUGGGAUUGGAGCAGCUUGGAAAACUGCAAAUGUGGAAGCAGGGACCAGUGUGGCCAUAUUUGGCUUAGGAGCUAUUGGCUUAGCUGUUGCAGAGGGAGCAGGAAUCCGUGGAGCUACCAAAAUUAUUGGUGUGGAUUUGAAUCCAGAGAAGUUUGAGAUUGGGAAGAAAUUUGGCGUCACAGAUUUCAUUAACCCAUCAGACUGCGGGAACAAGCCUGUCCACGAGGUGAUUGCAGAGAUGACAGAUGGAGGGGCUGACUACUGCUUCGAGUGUGUUGGUUCUACCUCUGUCGCUCAUCAAGCAUUUGCUCGCUGUCGGAAGGGUUGGGGAAAGACAAUAUUGAUAGGUUUUGAGAUGCCUAGCUCACAAUUAAGCUUUAGUUCAUAUGAGGUUCUUGUCAGUGGAAAAACCAUCAUGGGUUCUCUGUUAGGAGAUUUCAAACCCAAAACUGAUAUUCCACUUCUUGUAAAAUCUUACCUGGACAAGGAGCUUCGAUUGGAUGAUUUCGUGACACAUGAGGUGCAAUUUGAGGAUAUUAAUAAAGCUUUCGAUUUACUCAUCAGCGGAAAGAGCAUUCGUUGUGUAAUUUGGAUGGACAAGAAAUUCCCUCCUCCCAUAUAAUUAGAGAUCAAAAGAUGGUUUCCCAUAUUUCAGAAACAUAAUAUGUAAUAAGGGAUACUUGACUGUUUCCACGAGGUGGGAUAAUAAGUGAGCAAACCAUCCUCCUUAAUCUUGAACCAAUGUAUCUUUGAAAAUUGGAAUCUAAUAAAUAAACAUGUGUUGAUUUC